AUGGGGCUUGAUGAGAUUGGAGACUUUGAUUUUGCGAGUAAUGUUCAUUUGAAGAAUGUGGAAAGUAAAGUUGAUCCUGUGAUGGAUGAAAACAAAAGAUUGGCAGUUGAGAACAAAAAGGUGGCUGAUCGUGAAAAGAUUCUCGAGAUGCGAGUAAAGAAGUUAGAGUCUGAAAACAAGUCUUUGUUGAAGAAGAUAGAUACCGAUCAGACAGAGAUUGAUUUAUUGAGGAACAAAGAGCUUGAAGCUGCAAAAGCGUUGAAAGAGCACAAAUUCUAUAUGAUGAACAAAGUGAUAGAAAGUAUGCUUGGGAAGUCAAUAGAGCAAAGAUUUGAAGAAAUUCAAGUUGAAGAAGUCAGGGCUAAACGUCAUGCUGAGAUUGAAGCUCUAAUGAAAGACAAAGGCAAGGGUGCUACAGAUAUUGUUGUUGAUGAUGAGGAAGAUGAUAGCGAAGAAGAUGACGAUGAAGAGGGUGAUGAAGAAGAGGAUGAUGAUGAUGAUGAAAAAGUGUUUUCUGCGAGUAGUCAUGGUUCUGGUGAUGACAAUGACGAUGAUAAUCAGGGUGGUACAGGUGUAACUACUACAGAAGCUUCCAAAGAACAAAAUGUUGAUGACUUAAUGAAAGAUGAUGCUAAUGAAGAAACAGAGGGAGCUGAUGGAGAGGGGGAGCAUGGUGAUGAUCAAAACGUUGAUCAAGUUGAAAAGUUGAUUCUGCGUUUAGAACCUCAUGUUGAAGAAGGUGAAUUCAGGCAUACUUACACGUUGAGUGAAAUUCUGAAGAUAACUCAUGUAAAUGAAAAUGAGUUUAGGUUUGAUUUUGAGGAAGAGCUGAAUGCUUUCGACAUCAACCCUCAACCUGAAUAUGAAUACAAGUAUGUGGAAGACGCUGAUAUGUAUGACAGGGUUGAGGUUGAAGACUGUACUGAUGAAGAUAUUCUGAAUGAAGACACUUCUGAACUUCCAACACUGAUGGAGUUCUUUAGUGAAGAGAUCGGGAUGAACUUAGAAGGAAAGUUGUUGAGAUUCUUAAAGACAAGAACUUUGACGGUUAAUGCUUAUGCAAUUAGAAGAGAAUGUGGAGUUCAAUAUUUUGAAAAAUUGCAUGAUGUUAUGUCCUUUCCAUGGUGGGAUGUGGAUGAGUUAUCGAAAGUAAGAACCUUGGGGUAUCCUGUCAGGAAGAAUGAUAUUGCAAUGUGGGGUCUAAUAAAGUUUGAUGCUCUGAAAGACUUCAAACACUGGAAGCCUCAUUACCAGAAGAGAGUUCAAAGGGUAGAUCCAGUGACAGGGAUUGAAGAGACUAUUCUGAACGUGAAAAAGCCGAAAACGAUGAAGAACAUUCCAGUGCCCAAGAUGGAACAGGAGUUCUACAAAGGUUUCAUGGGCUGGAUGUACAGUUGUAUCUCUACUGAAGCAGUGAUCACAUAUAAAGCUGGGAAAGAGAUUAGUGAGAUUUUUGUCUACGGCCCGAUGUGGUUGGUUAACUGCUCAGCGAAGGAUAUUGAAUGUUUAUUCAUCAACAAGAUCCAUUUCCAAUCUGAAGACAGGGAGCAAGCUAUGCAGUUUCAAAAAGUUGCAACUAUUUGCUUUCAGAAAGGCAUAAAUUCUGAAUGUAAAUGGAAUUCUAAAUGGUGGUCGCUUGAGGAGAAAGAAAAGAAGAAAGCUAAACGAGAAAGGAAGAAACUUGAUGAAUACAAAGGGAAAUGGAUGAAGUUGCAGGCUGAGGAAGAAAAGAAAAAGACGAAAGAAAACGAUAGGCUGAGGAAUUUACUGAGAAAGAAGCCUAAACAAAGAGAAGAAAGGUUCAAGUCACUCUGA